AUGACACCUCAGGCAUGUUCCCCCACUAUUUUCCCAAGUCCCGCAAAACAGUCCGGUGCUUGUUCUACACGCUUUCUCUCCACGUCGCGUCCUUCUCAGUUCACCCCUGGGCCCCCCUCAACUGCCAUUCUAUCCACCAGGGCCACCUUCUCCAAAGCAGCGCCCCCACCUAGCAGUUCAGUUGCCGCUACAUGCGAGCAUUAUCCAAAUUCCACCAAAAUCCAAUCUGCUACGCUUUUUCCAAUGGACAUCGACCCAGCUAGACGCAACAAGAAGCCGCGUCUCCUCUUGGAGUCUGAGCGCGAGAAACUUGAUGAAUUUGUGGACUCAAUUCAUUAUUCGGCCAGGUACAAUGACGACAAAUUUGAAUACCGCCAUGUGCAGCUUCCGAAGAACAUGCUUAAGAAAAUCCCCACGGACUACUUUGACAGCUCCAAGGGGACUUUGAAAUUGCUUUGGGAGGAGGAAUGGCGCGCAUUGGGUAUCACACAGAGUUUGGGCUGGGAGCAUUACGAGGUGCACGAACCAGAACCUCAUAUCUUGUUGUUCAAACGCCCUCUCAACUAUCAACCUCCUCUCCAACAAUAA